AGAUAUUUUGGAGAAGCUAUAAGCUAUGGCCGUCGCGCCGGUUCUGCCGCCGACUCUCCUCGCCUCCCACGCCGCCGUCCGUGCCGUGGCCUCGCGCGUCGCCGCCUCCCGCCCUAUCCGAGUCGCCGGCGACGACCAUCUCCACCCGCCGCAGGUCGCGUCCCUCCGGCGCGGCGAUUGGGUGAAGCUCAUAUGCGGCGCCAGCUUCGAGGAUGCUGCUGAUGUCAGGAAUCUCUCCCUUGUCUACACGUUGGCUGGAGUGGAUUGCAUUGAUUGUGCAGCAGAUGCAUCUGUAGUCGGUGCAGUCAAUGAAGGUAUUGAUGUAGCAGCCUCAAUUGUACCAACAGUUCAAAGGCCUUGGGUGAUGGUUAGUGUUAAUGAUGAUUGCAGAGAUCUCCAUUUCCGUAAAGCUGAAUUUGAUCCUGAGGAUUGCCCACCGAAUUGCUCCAAGCCAUGUGAAAAAGUUUGUCCUGCUGAUGCAAUAUCACUAAAGAGGGUCGUGGUCGGAGGAGAACAUGCGCAUUCUGAUCCUUUAUCUGACAAACUUGAGGGUGGUGUCAUUAUGCAAAGAUGCUAUGGCUGUGGUAGAUGCUUAUCAGUUUGCCCUUAUGACAGAAUAAGUGCUAUGUCCUAUAUUCGAGAUCCUACCAUGACUGCUGAACUGUUGAAAAGGAGUGAUGUCGAUGCAAUAGAAAUUCAUACCACUGGAAAGGGGACCGAUAUGUUCAGUAUCCUCUGGAGCAGCUUGGGCGAGUCAAUCAAUAGUGUGAAGCUGGUUGCAGUAAGCAUCAUACUAUGUAUCUUUUGUGCAUUUCAGGUUAGCCUGCCUAAUGCUGGUGAAUCAACAAUUGAUUUCAUGAAUGCAAUACACACGAUAAUGCAGUCUUAUCGUGAAGGGUAUAAUCUUUGGCAGUUAGAUGGUCGGCCCAUGAGCGGUGACAUUGGUCGAGGCGCAACAAGGGAAACAGUUUCUUUUGCUGUUGAUUUGACUUCCAUGUCAGAUAGGCCUCAGGGCUUCUAUCAGUUAGCUGGUGGCACCAACUUAUACACCGUAGACAGCUUAAAGAACGCUGGUCUUUUCAAGGCUACGACUUUACCUGGGACAACUACCACUGAAAAAUUUGGUUCUCAGCAAGCUCUAAUUGGAGGAAUAGCUUAUGGUGGCUAUGCUCGUAAGAUCAUUGGAAGAAUUCUGCGCAAAAUACCAGUACAACUCGGUCGCAUGCGCAUUGAGGAUCACCCGGGAUAUCUACUGGAGGCAUUGCAAGAAGCCAUGUCGUUAGUAGGUCCUGUGAAGGGUUAUCCAAGUCCCCCAAAAUGAAUUAAAAUGUCAUAGCUGAGCUCUCUACAAUAGCAUCAAAUUUGGGCAUUGCCGGAGGUGGCAUCUCAGCUGGUCUUGUGCAGAUACAGGAAGGGGCGAAGGAGAGUAUUUUUAUCUGAGAUGUUGCCUCCAGCUUCUUUUUUUUGAGAAAAAGAUGUUGCCUCCAGCUAAUCAGGUGGUCGCGUUGUGUGGACGUAUUUUUCCUGGCCGUUGGAUUGUUUGAUGAGCGAUGUGGAUGGACCGUUGCUGGCUCUCUCUCACACACACAGAGGCCUCCUAGCUUGGUGAUCAGACCCAGACCCAGACCCAGACCCAUUCAUCGAACCAACCAUGAUCGAUGCAAAUAUUGAGAUUUAUGUCGUGUUCUCCGUAA